AAGGCAGUGGCUGCCGUGUGGAGAGCAACACUAUUCCAACUCCGCCAGCUGCGACCCAGACUACUUCAAUCAGGAAUUGGUGAGAAGAUCGACACAAGACUGACACCAUGACCAUGACCAUCGUCUCUGGUACCACAUCUUGAUCUUGUCAUCUCGUACUCCUCUGCUGCGCCCGCAAUGGGUCUGCUGACGAUCAUUCGCAAAUCCGCACAUCGCGAGCGGCAGCUCCGUCUCCUCUUCCUCGGUCUGGACAAUUCGGGCAAAUCGACCAUCCUCAAACGUCUCCUUCACUCCCCCGACUGGGAUCGUCUCUCCCCUACACUAGGCUUUGACAUUGUCUCCCUCUCCCACCCGCCUUACACGCUGAAUAUCUGGGAUAUUGGAGGACAGAGAACCCUGCGGCCUUACUGGAGAAACUACUUUGAGCGAACAGACGCCCUCGUCUGGGUUGUGGAUUCGGGUGAUCGAACACGCAUGAAAGAGUGCAGGGAGGAGCUGUGGGAGCUCAUGGUGCGUGAGGAACGGCUGGCCACUUGCUCUCUCUUGGUUCUAGCCAACAAGCAAGACUUACCAGGAGCAAUGAGCAGUGAAGAGAUUCGAGAAGUGUUGGGAUUGGAAGAGCUAUUGAGAGUGAGGGGAGGAGGAGAAGGGAGGAUCCUACCUUGCUCGGCGGUCAAGGAGAUGGGAUACCAGGAGGGAUUGCAGUGGGUCGUAGAGGACUGUGAACAGAGACUUUACUGGUCUAAUGCAGUGGAUAGGCAUAAGAAGCUGGAAAAGGCGCAAGAGGUCGCUGUGCAGGGCGAAACAGAGGAUUCUCUACUGGCGGGUGAGAGAGAUGCUUCAGCUGCAACGGCUAUCCCCACAAGCUGAGACAAGAAGGGCAAGAAGACACAACCAACAGAGGCGUCUGCCUCUACCUCAAGAUUGAUCUCGAGCGUCUCGUUCGGAUUGGGCUACGACUCGAUGAGCUCAUCGACACUAGAGCCUCAUCCAAAAAGGGCCGUGUUGGACUGUCAAAGGUCGAGCACGGUCACGGUCACGGCCGCCAUCGCCAGUCGCCCUAGCAGUCACAUGCUGCAACAGACCCCUCGCAGAGCCGCUUCAGCCAA